UAUUUAAGGAACUUAAAUUACUUUAACAGAACGUUUCCUAAAAGUUCAAACAUGGUUACAUUUCAUUUAAAUUUUGUACAUUUUCUAGAACAUUGUCCAACUGGUUUGACAUUGGGAAUGUUCUCUAGUAGUUCAGAGAACAUUAAGAAACAACGUUCUGUGUAAUUUUAGUGCUUCAGCAUAACGUUUCCUACAAGUUACCUCAGGGUUCUAUUUAAAGUCAUGUUCUCAAAUUGUUCCAAGAAUGUUAAGAAACAACAUCGUUCUGAGGGAAUUUCCAUACAUCAGCAUAACAUUUCCUCGUGUUUCUAUUUGAAGUUAUGUUUUCAUAUUUCCCGAUAACGUUAAGAAAACUUUAGUUUUAAUAAUAUUAUUUAAAAACACACAUCAAUUACGUUCUCAGUAUCAACAAAACUGUCUCUGUGCUCUAUCUUGUUACGUGUUUUCAGGUGUGUUGGCCACGCCCACUAAUUGGCCAUACCUGAUCUUAAUUCAUGAGUGUUUGUUUCCUCUGAAAUGGGGUCUGUUUGAAUAGACUAAAAUAAAUAGCUUUAUAUGCGUAAAAAAACAUGAAACUCUAACUCCAUCCUGGUGGCACAGUGGACUAAUUCCAUGGAUAGAAAACAAAAUAUUAUAUACUAUACAUAGACAAGUAUGUGGACAGCCCUUCAAAUUAGUGUUGUUUCGGUUAUUUCAGCCACGCUCGUUGCUGACAGGUGUAUAAAAUCAAGCACACAGCCAUGCAAUCGGCGACAGGUAGCCUAGUGGAUAAGAGCGUUGAGCCGGUAACCGAAAGGUGCAACGCUGGAGAGAUUAGAGUUGCAGGCUCAUGUCUGUCAGAGCAGAGAGAGGACGAGAGAUAAUUGAAAGUGAAUCUCAGUCUAGUUUUGUGUGAGAGCAGGCGCGCCGGGCCGAUUCAACCCGAAUCAACUUUUAGAAUAUCAGGUCCGGGGGAACAAUUAACUUAGAUGCCACUAUAAUUAACUUUAAUCGCCGUAAUUAUAAUCUUUACGUUGCAAAAAGUGCCAAUUAUUUUUCAUGCCACGAGAGGUACCGGAUCCGACCAAAUAGGUUCCGGAACGAAAUAUUCCAAUACGGAGAUGUGUACAGGAUCCGGCUCAAAUUAAACACUGGUGAUGGGUGUAUGGUAGAGGAAACUGUUGGACAUGUUUAUUAUAUUGUGAACUGUGUGAUUUAGGUAGGGAGGGUUUGUUUGAUGGGUCAGACAGGUUGGAUGGGGUUUGGGGUAGGGGGGUGAGGUUUGUAUGGAUUUAUACAGGUUUUGGCAACAUAAUAUAGUUGUGUAGGUAGACCGUGACCGGACUCACACUCCAAUACAGUAAGCGGCGGUAUGUGCAACUUUCCAGUUUGUUGCGAUCCGCCAAAACAAAUGCAAAUAAGAAAACGUAAUUUCCUGUUUCUCAAACCCGUAGUUAUAGUGACACUUGAAUAGCAAAUAAUUAUACAUUCUCCCACUAAUCCCUUUGCUCCCAAAAAUGUCUAAACUUCAGCAGAUCAAUGUGUUUCUCAACGAAAAAUUAACAGCAGUUCCUUUGGAGAUAUCUGUAGUAGUUAAAAAAACGAUCGCAGAGUAUCAGGAAGAAAUAUCCCGUUUGGAACGGGCGAAUGCACGUCUACGAAGACUGCUGGAUAUGGUUUUCAAACCAGAGAUAAAGUUGCAUAGAUUAGCAGACCUCCAGCGGCUCACUGUCUCUGAAGAGAAGGUUAACUCCAGGCAGCAGGAGUGGAGCUCCUAUCUGGGGCCAGUGGAGUCUGAUACCGAAGAGUCUACUUGGAACUCUUUCAACAUCAUAACGGUAGAGAACCAAAAAGAAUCUGAUGGCAACAGAGAAUCAGAAUCAACCAGUGACUAUCAGCCCCCCUCGGAAGUAAAUCCGGAAAGUGACAAUGAUGAAAGUAAUGGCGGAAAAGUGCAUGGAGUGGAGAAGAGAAUACCUCUGUUGGGGUCAAAGAGACGACGAGGACGGCCAAGAAAAGAAACCAGUGAGUUGACGGAUCCGAAGUGUGAUGUGUGUGUAAAAUACUUUGCGACAGCAAGUGGUCUGGAAAGGCACCGGCAGUUACGACACAGUGAAGACAGACCAUACAUGUGCGAUACAUGUGGCCAGUGUUUCGCCUUAAACCGAUACCUGACCCGACACAUGAAGAUUCACACAGUGGAGAGACCACAUCGCUGCACGGUAUGUGGCAAACGUUUCUUUCACAAGGAAAGCCUGAAAAAUCACAUGGUUAAUCUGCAUACAGGGCUGAUUUUUAAAUGUGAUUUGUGUGGGAAAUGCUUGUCGACAAAAGGUCGUCUGAAACUGCAUAGGCAAAAUCACACUGGGGGAAAAUCGCAUCCGUGCAAAGAAUGUGACAAGGCUUUCUACUGCGAGUCAGACUUGAUAAAGCAUACGAGGACUCACACUGGGGAGAAACCGUUUCAGUGCAAAGAAUGUGGCAAGUGCUUCGGCGAGAAGGGAAGCCUGACAAAGCAUAUGAUGACUCACACACAGGAGAAACCACACUGCUGCAACAAAUGUGGCAGACGCUUCAACCUCAAGGGAAACCUGACAGUGCAUAUGAGGACUCAUACGGGGGAAGGAGUUCAAUGUCAUUUGUGUGGAACUUACUUGAAGUUAGCAGCUAGUCUCAAGAGACAUCUGCGAACUCACAGAAUAAAUAUUGCCAAUGACUGAGAACACAUAACAAUGCACGUUGUGUAAAAUGUGUUGUUGGAAGGUAGAGACUAUGUUAAGAGGACACCCCUCAGGUCACGGCUCUUGCUACAGUCUGAAAUCUGGGAAUCUGUUCAAUGGACAUUUUUACGGAACGCUAUCACGUUAUCAAAUUCCAAUCAACUAUUUAUUACGCCCUUUUUACAAACGUUACACUCUCAAGUCCAAGUUAGAAAUUUUCAGAACUGAAGAAGUCUGUGAAGAUAAAUCACAUCCCACAACAUCUGUUGUGUAGAUUAAGUUAUUUGCCUUCACCCCCAAAUGAAUGGAAAAGAUAAGAAACCAAAUCAAACCAGGAAAUUAGAUGGUUUUCAGCAGGUAGUCUAGUGGUUAGAGCGUUGGGCGUUACUGGACCGAAUCCCCAAGCUGACAAGGUAAAAAUCUGUCGUUCUGCCCCUGAACAAGGCAGUUAACCCACUGUUCCCC